AUGGCCAGGUUCGGCCGGCGCGACUGCGAGCGCAAGUACGAUCUGCGGUCCUGGGCCCUGGGCCCCCCCGCGCGGGCCUCCACCCCCGACUCCAACCUCUCCACCUUCUCCCGCGGCCGCGACAUCGUUGACGCCCUGGCUGCGGGCGGCACGGACGGCGGGCCCAUCACGCCCGGCACGCCCUCCCUCGGGCGCGGCUUUUUUGCGGAUCCGCCGGCGGGCUGCGGUAGUGAGCCAGGGUGGAUCGGCGCGGGCCAGGGGCCCCGAUCGCGGGGCACGACGGUGGGGGAAGCGAGAUUCGUUGCCAAGAGGAAGAGAAACGGGUCGUGCAAAGGGCAGCCCUUGGUGGGGAAGCGUGCGCGAGGCAAUUUUGUUUAUCAUCGCGCGCUCGCGGGCGAGGCGGGGGUGGGGGAGGGCGGCGGGGGGCAUGGGGAGGAGGAGAUCGAGUCCAGGGGCACGCGGGCGCGGCGCGUGACGGCGAUGCUGGCGGCGGAGAGACUGAAGGGGAACGAGGCUGCGGGGACGGCGGAUGUUUUCGAGGGGAGGGCGGAGGCGCGGCUGCGGGCGGCGCUGGCUGCGGGGGUGCGGAACGAGAGCGAAGAACUGGGGGACAAGUUUUUUUGCGCAAAACAAACCGGUCAGAAAUCAGCUCAGAAACAAGCCCUGCAAAGGGCGGCACACGGGGAGAUGGGGGGGAGGGAGGCGGGAAGCGUCCGGGGUCGACAAGGGAAUGCAAAGGAGAGGAUUGGCCAGGAGGUGUCGACUGACUCGCGGGAUUCGAAUCAGCCGAUGGCGAGGGCAGAUGGGGAGCAAGAGGUUGGGAGGAUGGCGGCGUCCGGAGGGGCGGGGGCGCCCGCCAGCCCACGCACUCCCAAGGCCGCGACUCGCCGGCGUCCAUCUGUUAAGAGGUCCCGGCAGAGAUCCAGGGUGCGCCCCUCAAGGACCGGCGGAUGCGGUGUUGGGUCCGGCGGGGGGCGAGGGUUGGUGAUCGGCGGGAAGCGGCCCAGGCUGGGCGUGGCGACGCACGGGUCGGCGAGCAAGUGGGGGGGGAUGGUGGCGGCGGGGACGGCGGUUCGGCGGCCGCGGCGGCUGCAGGCGCGUCUGGCCAGCGAGCGCCUGAAGGGCAACCCUGACGCUGGUACGGUGGACUUCUUCAGCCCCAAGUCGGAGGAUCUGAUCAGGCGGCUGUUCGGCGACGUGGAGAGUUGGGAAGGGAGGGCGUAUUGCGGGAAGGAGUGCGAGACGGAGGCGGAGGGGGGAUGCUUGGGGGAUGAGUUGGAGUUGGGGCUGUGGGAUGGGAGGGCGAAAUGUGAGGAUUCGGAGAUGUUUGUGGAGGGGCCCGACAGGGCGGGUCCGCGGGAGGAAGUGAGGAGGGUGGAGGGGGAACCUGGGCGUGACUUGGAGAGCGUAGGAGCGCUAUUGGGCGUGGGAAAGGGAUCUGGUGUAGAGGGCCGGGCCCAGGGGACCAGCGAUCCAGAGGGGGAGGCUGGGGAGAGCGUGGGCUGCGGCGUGGCGCCGUUUGAGGCCAGGGAGACGGGAGUUGGCGAGUGCGACGUGGGGACAGGGCUGGGUGGCGAGGGGCGUGUUGUGGAGAAACGAUCCAGGCCGAGGAGAGGCAAGAGGCCUGCCGCUCUGGCAGCUUGUCUUUUUGGAGACUGGGGCAUUAUUCCGCCACGCGUCGCAGCUACCAAAGCAGCUCAGCGUGUGACGCAGAUGUUUGAGAUGCAGAGGUCACAAAGGCAGAGGAGAUGA